CGAAAUUGGAUUUGUUUCGUCUGUACCUCAGCCGCCUCAGCUACACCGUACCUCAGUAGUUACUGGAAACAUCGUCGAACUGUUGACUGCUGCAGAGACGGCUGGCCUGGAACUCCCGUAAGGAUGGAGGAGGAGGGAGGGGUGCGGCGCGCGGGGGAGGAGGAGGACGUGCGCAGCCCUUUUGGGUCCGAGCUGGAGGCGACGGUGUGCGGGUGGCGCAAGGCCCACGCCUGCGGUGCCCUGGGCCCGGCCACCCUGCGGCAGUUCUGGGCGCGGCACGUGCCGCCCCUGCUCAGCCCCCCCUACCAGUGCCGGCCUCUGGCCCUGGCCUACGACGAAGCCGCCCUCAAGCACACCCUUCUGGACUCCCUCGAGAGGUUUGUGUGCGGGACCUCUGACCCCCGGGGCUACUUCGAGGAGCUACGUCGGCUGGAGUCGCCCCCCACGCUGUGCGGACGGGUCUUCAAGUCGGGAGAGCCCACCUAUUCGUGCCGCGACUGCGGGCUCGACCCCACUUGCGUCCUCUGCGUGGACUGCUUCAAGAGCAGUGCCCACAAGAACCACAAGUACAAGAUGAGCAUGAGCUGCGGGGGCGGCUACUGUGACUGCGGAGACCUGGAGGCCUGGAAGGAGUUCCCCUUCUGCCAGACGCACGGACGCUCCUCGGCCAAGCAGGGCGGAGCGGAGGAGGACCCCCUGGAGCGGCUUCCUCCUGACCUGGUGAGCCGGGUGGAGCUGGUGCUGCGGGCGGUGCUGCUCUACUGCCACCAGAUGCUCACCUGGAACAAGUCGACGGAGCUGCCCCCGGACCUGGCCCCCGGCGUCCAGCAGGACACCUUCGUCACCAUGCUCUUCAACGACGAGGCGCACACCUACGAGCAGGUGAUCCAGACGCUGAACCGGGCCAUCGAGUGCACCCACCGGGAGGCCAUAGAGUACGCCACCACGGUGGACCGGGAGGGCCGCAGUCUUGUGCGCAGCUCCUCUUUCGCAGACUGCCUGCAGGUGAAGCAGCACAUUGAGCGCUUCACGUCCCGACACGGCAGCCGUCCCCUGCGGGUGCUGGUCAUGCACUCUUCCGUGGUUGCCCACCAGACCUUUGCCAUGCGGCUCCUGUCCUGGCUCCAGGGCUUCCUCUCCCAGUGCCAGGCGUUCCGGCUAGUGUUCAGCGGGGUGAUGCUCGAGCCCACGCCGGAAGAGGGCUUCCCGCUGGUGCGCUGCGUGAUGCGGGCGGACACCCAGCUGUGGAAGACGGCCCGGGCGGCCUUCCACCAGCUCUUCAUCGGGGGCAUGCUGAUGGACGGCCGCUGCAAGCGGGACUUUGCCGUGGCCUUCACCCGGGACUACCCGGACCUGCUCAAGGAGUUUGUGGCGGACGACCACGAGCACCCGGUGUCGGUCACCUCCCUGUCGGUGCAGAUCUUCACGGUGCCCACCUUGGCGCACCUGCUGGUGGCUGAGGAGAACGCCCUGGCCGUGCUGCUGCGCACUUUCCUUUCCGAGUGCGAGAAGCACCGCAAUGCCCAGGGCCGGCUCGCCUUCGAGCGCAACCAGGCGAAUGUGUCGUUCCGGCGUGCCCAGUACGUGCUGUACGACCUGCGCUACCUGCUGGCAGUGCCCCCCGACGUGUGGACAGAGCGGCUGCGCAAGGGCUUCCUCUAUGGGGUGGGCUCCCUGCUCACCCUGCUCACCUGGAUGCAGGGCAUGGACUCGGUUCUCAGGCAGGUGGGGCAGCACGUGGAGUUUGAGGCGGAGUGGGAGACUGGCAUCAACAUCCAGCUGAAGCUUGCCCCCGUGGUGGGGCUGGCACUGGAGUGGUGCUCCCGGGACAGGGAGGUGGCGGUCAAGGCUCUGCGCAAAGCCCUGCGAGCCCUGGAAGGGGCCCAGGGCCCCAUGGCGGCCGUGGGAAGGGAGCUGGCCGGCCACUCGGCCUCGUGCGUGGACUACGACGUGGCCGCCCUGCCGGUCUCCAUCCACCUGCCUCUGUCCCGCUUUGUGGCCGGCCUGCUGCUCUGCCUGGACCGCUUUGGCCUGGGCUACGACUCCCACGAGUUCCAGUUCCGGGGCAAGCCCACGCCUGAGCAGCUCAUGGAGCUGCCCCUCCGCACCCAGGUGAUGGUGGCUCAGUUCCGGGCAGGCAUGUGGCGCCGCAACGGCUACUCGCUGCUGAACCAGAUCUACUUCUACCACAACGUACGUCUGCGAGGGGAGACGUACGACCGGGACGUGACCCUGCUCCAGGCGGCGGCCGCCCUGCUGGAGAGCAACGAGUUUCUGAUCCAGCUGCUGCACAAGUACGGCCUGCUGGCCUGGGCCAAGGACGGCUACGACUCGGCCGACGAGGCCAACCUGCCCCUCACCGUGGCCCUGGCUGAGGAGUUCCUCGGCCUGGUGCUGACGCUGGUGAGCGAGCGUAGCCUGCCGGGGGUCGGGGCAGUGACCGAGGCUGAUCGGCUCCAGCGGGAGAUAGUCCAGCUGCUGUGCGUGGAGCCCCUGCCCCACAGCCAGCUGGUCAAGCUGCUGCCCAGGGGGGGCUCCCCAGCCAGGGAGGCCCAGGUCGAGCAGAUCCUCGCCAGGGUGGCACACUUCCGCAGGGAGAGGGGCGCCGACCCCGCGGCCACCGCCUCCACCAGCCGGUACGAGCUGCGGCCCGAGUUCUACGGGGAGUUCAACCCGUUCUUCUACCACUACACGCGGGAGGAGCAGUCGCGGGCGGAGGAGGCCCAGCUGCGGCGGAGGAAGCAGGCCGGCCUGGAGCCCUGCUGCCCGCCCCCCUGCCCCCCCGAGUUUGCCCGCCCCUUUGCCACGGUCGUCAACCUGCUCCAGUGCGACGUCAUGCUCGGGGUGCUGAACCUGGUGCUGGGGCGUGCCAGCAGCCCGGGCUGCCCCUCCUUCUCGGAGACACAGCUGGAGAAGGCCCUGCACCUGGUGGGGGUGGCCCUGCACGAAGAGCAGCGCCUCCGGGACCGGGGGGUGCCCCCAGCGGACUCCUUCUUCGCCUUCACGGCCGCUGCCACCCGCUCGGGGCUGGCAGACGCCCUCGAGAGGUGUGCGGCCGCCCCCAGGGUGCGCAGCCAGAAGCCGCUGCUGGACCACACGCUGCGGCACUUCCGGCGGGUGCGGGACGGACCCACGGACCAGUGCCCCAUGGAGGUGGAGGAGGAGGCAGACCCGGGAGGGCGCCUGGCUGGGGCACGCAACGCCGAGGCCGCAGCCGCACGCCGUGCGCGCAUCAUGGCCCAGAUGUCGGCCAUGCAGAAGAACUUCAUCCAGGAGUACUCGGACCUCUUCAAGGAGGCGGGGGAGCUGGACGUGGCCGCUGCGGAGGCCCCCUCGGCAUCUCGCCACACCUGCAUCCUGUGCCGGGAGGACGAGGAGCUCUCGGUCGGAGGGAGGACUCUGGUGCUGUCUGCGUUUGUGCAGCGCUCGACUGUGCUCUCCAAGGACCGGUCUCGGGUGCCACCAACCGGGGAGGACGAGGAGGGUAGGCAGGAGGAGGUGGUCCCCGUGCCGGCAGACCUGCGCUAUGGGGCCCACACGAGCACGUGCGGCCACGUCAUGCACAGCCGCUGCUGGCAGAAGUUCUUCGAGUCGGUACUCACCAAGGAGCGCCGCAGGCCCGCAAGGUACGGCCGGCACAUCAGCUUCAACGUGGAGAAGCGGGAGUUCCUGUGCCCGCUGUGUGAGUGCCUGAGCAACACGGUGGUGCCCCUGCUGCCCCCCGUGUGCGCCCUGGUGCCGCCCCGGUGCCUGGAGAGGGCGGCCCAGGUGCAGGCCCGGGGAAGGGACGACGCCUGCUUCGAGGCCUGGCUCGAAGGAGCACGGGCAGCCCUGCAGGGCGCCGGGCUCCAACAGACCGCCGUGCAGGGCGCUCCAGUCGUCACGACGGAGGGACCCUCGAGCGACGACAAGCCGCUGCCCCGGCUGGCGGGCCCUUCCCUGCGUGAGGUGUGUGAGGCGCUCCCUGCAGAGGCGGCCGAGCACCUGUGCCAGCUGUACGCCUGCUACGAGGAGCCCCAGGGGCCGGCUGCCAUAGAGUUCUCAGCCAGCCUGGUCGAGAUGCUCAAGCUCUUCUCCCAGGCUUGCUACACGGUGGGGCUGGACGCCCACCCGAACGCGGAGGACGACCGGGUGCCGGCCCAGGUGUGGUGGUCGUGCGCCUACACGAUUCACGGCACGGAGUGGCUGCUGCGGGGGCGGCCCCUGCUGGGCGACCUGUCCUCCCGCCGCUUGCACUGCCUGGAGGCCCUGGUGCGCACGGCCGUGGCCUCGCUGCGCGUCUGCUCCGGGGAGGCCCUGCACAGCCACUGCCUGCGGCUGCUGGGCCACGCCUUCCCCGCUCCGGGCACCGCCUCCUGCGUCCUGGAUGUGGAUGCCUUCGGGCUCCUGGUGGGCCUCUGCCUGUCGGCCCCCUCGCUGUUCUCCAGCGGGAUGCCGCUGCCACUGGGCGGGGCGCUGGAUGCCCACGUGCUCCGGCUCGUCCUCUGCCUGCACCUCGUCCAGGUAGUGCUGACGGUGGAGGUUCCCCAGGAGGACGGCAUGGACACGGAGCCCUCCCAGGAGGACCCGGGGCUGCUCCGCUUCUGCACCGAGGUCCUCCAGGCUGCCGGAAAGAGUACCGCCCAGGUGGACGGGCGCUUCCUGGAAGCGGUGCGGGGGGGCCUGCGCCCGUUCCUGCGUUGCAGCACCAUCCUGCUGCACUUCCUGAGCAGCCGGCCGGCCCCAGAGGCCUUGUGCCAGGCAGGGGGCGACACCUGGGACGCCCUGUGCUCCUUCCUGUCCCUCGACCCCCGCCUGGCCCUGGUCGUGGGACACCCCGCCCUCGCCCGGCUGGCCACCACGUGGGUGUCGCAGCCCGCCCUGAGGGCCCGGCUGAGCGGCCCCUGCCUGGUGCGCCACCCCAUGAGCCCCAAUGCGUUGGUGGCCCUGCCGGCCGACUUCAGCGAGCUCAUUAACGAGGCCUCCCUGUUCCGCUGCCCCAACUCGGACGGGGACGACUCUCGCUCCCCGACCCUGUGCCUGGUGUGUGGGCGCCUGCUCUGCUCCCAGAGCUACUGCUGCCAGGUGGAGGUUGGGGGAGAGCGUUUGGGGGCCUGCAACCUGCACCUGACGUCGUGCGGUGCUGGGGUGGGCCUCUUCCUGCGGGUGCGGGACUGCAAGGUGCUGCUGCUUGUGGGACACACCAAAGGCUGCUACCUGCCCCCACCGUACGUGGAUGAGUAUGGGGAGACGGACCCGGGCCUGGUGCGAGGCAACCCGCUGCACCUGUGCCCCCGCCGCUACGACCAGCUGCUGCGGCUCUGGCUCUCCCACGGCAUCCCCGAGCAGGUGGCGCAUGCGCUAGAGCAGUCCACGGGGCUCUCCUCCACCAACUGGGCCCUCAUGUGAGGGGACACGCUCCGGCUGUCCUUCUGCGGCCGCCGGAUCGGUCGUCCCGUAACCGUUGUGCUUUGACCGUCAAGUUGGGAGCCUCGCAGUUGCCGAAUGGCGGCGGCACGAGCACUCCGUUGCCGCCACGUCGCAACGAGCGUGCCGUAACGGUCACUCCCGGCACGGCAACGCGGACUUCUCGGAGCGUUCCCGCUCGGCGACUCUCUGAAGAUGGGCGUGCUCCCUCGAGCUGUCCCGCAAUCGGUCGCGCGAGUUUGUGCGCCCGUCGCUACCUUCGCUCCGAGGUUGCGAACAAAGGACUGAGUGGACAGAGGAGUGUCUGUGGAACGGGGACGGCCGGGAGUGCAUCUGCUGCAGGGGCUGCUUGCUCCGUUCCUGUGUGCCUUUGGCGAGGGCCAGUGACGCCAGGCUCCCAGGGGCGUCUCUCUUCCUCGACUGUGGUUUUGAGAGGCAGCUUUGCUCUCCAUAGGCCUGGUUUUACCUGACCGUCCGGUCUCAAUGUUUCUUCUCUGGCCGUCGACCGCCUGCGACGUUCCGAGAUUUGAAUAAAAUGGAGAUCUGCCGGCUACCCGA